AUGCCUUUGUCUCCCGGCCAAACUUCACAAGUUUCGACAGCUCCGACGGAACACUCGGAAGAUGUUGGGGCCGGACCUGUGCGUCAAUACAGAGCUGCUCCUUUCAGCGCUUCCAAGCAGAUCGAACAGCACCUCGGCAUGCGACCCGUCAGGACCCCACUCGAAUCUUACUCGCUGCUCAAGGGGCUCGAGGAGCAGGGAGAAUUGCCUCACCCCGCCGUCAUUGCUCGUCUGUCGACGUCGAUGGCUCGUCUGGGACUCGCCGACAAGGUCGCCGAGCUGUAUCAAUAUGCUCACGCCGCACUGACUCAUCAGCCGGACGACAAACGCUUAGACGCCUGGUUCACGGUCGAAGACCAAAUGUUGAUGGCAUGCUGCCUGCUAGGGCGUCUGGAGCAAGCCGGAGCUCACCGUGCCGCCAUCCUCGAGCAGAACCGGGUACCUUCCGCCGAAUCUUACGCCUUGAUGAUCUCGUCAGCCAAGGAUACCACCGAUGACGCUUCGGUCGCCCGGGAGCUCUGGGAAGAGAGUCAAAACCUCGGUGUCAAGCCCACCUUGUUCCUCUACAACACCGUCAUUUCCAAGCUGUCUCGUGCCCGUAAAGCAGAGUCGGCGCUCGACUUUUUCAAGCAGAUGAAGGCUCAAGGGAUCCGACCCAGCUCGGUCACCUACGGUGCCGUCAUCAACGCUUGUUGUCGUGUCGGAGACGCGGAAUCGGCAGCGACCUUGUUCGAGGAGAUGCAAGCGAUUCCCAAUCACAAGCCGCGGGUACCCCCUUACAACACCAUGAUGCAGCUUCAUCUCCAGAGUCAUCCGUCGCGAGAACUCGUUCUGCAUUACUACAACCAGAUGGUACAGGCAAACGUCGCUCCUUCGGCUCACACCUACAAGCUCUUACUCGACGCGUACGGCACGCUCGAGCCGGUCGAUCUGGGCGCUAUGCGAACGGUCUUCAACAACCUUUGCAAGGAUACCAGUGUGUCGGUGACCGGUACCCAUUGGGCUUCCAUGAUCCACGCCACCGGAAAUGUCGCAGGUAACGCGCAAGAAGCCAUCGACAUGUUCGAGUCGAUCUCGACCCACCCUUCAAACAAGAAGGGCGGACCGAUCGAGCCUGUAUGCUGGGAAGCGCUGAUGAGCGUACUCGCUCAACACAAGAUGGUCGCCGAGAUGGAAUCUUACCGAGCCAAGAUGAAGGAGCAGGGCAUCAAGUCAACAGCCUACGUCUACAAUAUGCUCAUUAAGGGUUUCGCCAAUAACGGUCAGAUUGAAGACGCUAGGGCCGUAUUUGAGAGCAUGGGAGACGGCGAAAUGGGCAAGGCUGCCCCCAACAACCAUCCCACUUUGCUCACCUCGUCUGGUCAAGUGAAGCCCGCCACUACUGCCGACACUACAGUCGUUUUCCGAGAACCAUCGACAUACGAGACUAUGAUUCGGGCAGAACUACAAGCUGGUGACAAGGAUGCUGCACGUGCCAUUUGCGACCGCAUGGAGGCCAGGUAA